GAAUGACGAAGGAAGCGUAGGAAUUCGUCGAAAUUGGGGGCGUCGGAGGAAUUCUUAUUCUCGCGGUAAUCCGACGUCGCCAUCGUCCCGGUUUCAAUCCGUGUGUCGAUCGACGAGGGUAUCGCCAAUUUGGUGUUGAUGCGGGCGGGCGAUUAGUUUGGGAUAGGAAGGAGGAGGAGGAGGAGAGAUUUGCCGAGACGUUCGAAGAGGAGAGUGGGAGAGUGGGCAGAGGCGUGGGGGAGAGAUGGGGGGAUUGAUUCGAUUCGGUACUUGGGGAUGAAUGGGAGUAGUGCCAAUGGUGAGGUGCUGCUGCUGCUCAUUAAUGACGAUUGUUCGUGUGGAAAUUGGAGCGAUGAAGGAGGUGCGAGUGUUAUUUAUGGCUACUCUUUUCUGGUCGUGCCGUUGAUGGAUAUUCCACUGGAGAGAAUUUGUUUUACCUGUCGAGGUGAACAAGUGAGUGCUGGCGUAAGGUGUUUUCGCGUGCUGGCGUUUGGGCUAUGAUUAGGGAGAGGGAUAUCUAUCUAUCUAUCUAUCUAUCUAUCUAUACAUUUUUAUUUUUAUUUUUUUCGCUUUAAUUUUUUUCAUUCGGCGGAAGUUACCCCAGUUUGCUGGAUCUAAUAACGGCGUAGUUCUCCCGCGGUCGAUCGCAGUUCCCGAGCUACGUUUGACUUUGGAAUGCCGGUUUUCACGACACGAGCCUCUGCUCUUGUGCAAGAUCUUGGGUCUCCUCUGUUGUGAGGACUGGAAUUUCGAACACCAUGUUGUCGCUUCUUCAGGUUUCCUCUUCGGGCGGCCCAAUUUCUUUCUUGCCUCUUUCUGGGCCUUGUCCCCUUCCUCGGCCUCAAUUCGAGAAUUCCCUGCGAAUUCUGAAUGCUGGGUGCUUGUGAUCCAUUGUUUAUCUAUCGAGUCUCUUAAUCUGGCCGCAACCAUUCAUUGGUCUCGGAGAAUAAGCCACUUGAUUCGCUUCUUGUCCCCGAACACGUCUCACCUUUGUGAAUUCCCUUCCAACUGAGGUUGUGCUCCUCAUUCCGAAAUCUUUGAGUGACUUGGCUGCCCCAUUGCAAUCAGUAGGGAUUUGCGAGAAGCGGCGACAUUAACUUCAACUGCAUCUUUGCGUCUCCGUGCAUCGGUGCUUUAGGAGGUUUUGCUUCUGAGGCUGGUCUGUGGAAGAGUAUUGGAUUAGGUCUACUACGAAAGGCUCCUUGAGACUGUUUUGCAUCACCAGGAAAUGUGUGAAAGUUUGUCAAAAGCAAUUUUGGCGGCAACAGUCGACAAGUGGAGUGAGCAUAGUUUUGCGGCAUUUGUCAUUUCUUCACUCAAAACAGAGUAGAGGCAGCACUGCAAAGAGAACGGGAAGCUGUAAUUGCUAUUUAGUCAUUUUUAAGAGUUUAGUAAACCUCUGUCGAGCUCGGAAGAUACAAAUCUCAUGGCGCAUGAUAGGGUUCACUUGAAUGUUGGGGGCAAGCAUUUCGUCACUUCUCGGACAACUCUUGCAAACGCAGGCAGGGGAUCAAUGCUUGCAGCAGUGAUAGAUGAAAAUUGGCAGCUAGUACCAGACAUAGCGUCCAAUGAGCUCUUUAUCGAUAGGAAUCCGGCUUAUUUCACUGUCCUUCUGGAUCUCCUACGAACUGGUGAACUCCAUAUACCCCCAGGUAUGCUGGAGAAACCUCUGUACAGAGAAGCUGAGUACUAUGGCAUACUUGAUCACGUUAAAGCUGCCCGCAAAGGUCCAUUGAAUGGGAAUCGACUGGACUGCGUUGCUUCUAUCAGUGGACGAGCUACUGGUGAUGGAACUGCCAUUCGUGCAUCCCCAGAUGGUGGAUGUUGUGUUGCUCAUGGAAGCAUGGUACAUGUCUAUGAUUGGUUGAUGGAAGAAAAAACUCCACUCACCUUAGACUAUGUAAAUGUAAAUGACGUAGGAUUUCUUAGCCCAAAUCGAGUUGUGAUCUGCACCGGUGAACGAGAAAAUGGAGCUGGAGGGAUGGCCUCCUUCAACACAAAGACGGGGAAAAUUGAGCACAAGUUUCAGGUUGUUCACGAUGGAGAGUCGAAAAAUUUCACUGCAGCUGCACUUGCCAGUAAUGAUAUCCAUGUAUAUGCCAGCUGCCGAGGUAGGAGCUACGAGUAUGGGGUUGGAACUUGGGACCAAAUUACUGGUCGACAAGUGACAUUUCUGUACGAAGGUCCAGGACGGCCUUUAGGCGAUGCCUGCAAAAUGCAGUGGUUGCCCCGGACAAACCUCCUUCUUGUGGCUAACUUGUUUCCGAGUAGUGAUCACUGUUUCAUUACUCUUCUUGAUUCUAGAACAAAGGGAAAGGUGUGGUCGUGGACAGAUGUUGCCCUGCGAGGUACAGCCGAUGAAAAGAUAGUUAUGGAUACGGUGGCCAUGGAAGAGUGCUCCACAGUUUGCGUAGUCAACCAGUUUGACAAUCUUGGUUUUAUUGAUAUGCGAACCAAUAAUCAAGGUGUACGGUGGAGCCAUAGAUACCAACCCAGCAAAAUCUCUGAGGCUGAAGAACGGUGCUAUUCGAAACUUGCUUGUAGCGGGUCGCAACUCUUCUCAAGCAAGAACGACAGCGUCUAUGUCUUCUGUAGUCCAGAUUGGGACGCUUCUAAGGGGGUUCAAACAGCAAGAUUACGACGAAAAGAGGGUGGAGCAAUCAGUGAUAUUUCCGUAGGUGGGGACAGGCUUUUUGUGCUUCACAAUGAGGAGGAUGUAUUCGAUGUUUGGGAAACUCCAGGGCCGUCGCAGAUAGUAGAUAUUUACUAAAAUUCAGGUACUCUGAUGUUUCCUUUUGCGAAAAAGUCGAAGCAACUCAAAAAUUAGAAAUCAAAACAAAGGAAAAAGAAGAAAAAAAAAUAGACACAUUGGUCACUCAGAUCCCGAUGGUCUGUUGAGGCCUGUGGAAUGACACAGGCAACAGCACCAUAUGGGGAUUUGCUUUGUCAUUCAAUUGGAAAUGACAAUCACCCAACUAAACAUUGAUAGCUGAUGCUGGACGGACUUGCUGGACUGUGCUCUGAUCCCUUUCAGCUUCGAGUAGCCAGAUCGAACAUACUCGUAUUACUUGGAUAUCUCCCCUAAAAGAUAGCUUCUACGUCCCUUACUAACUCGAGGUUACUUGUGGACCCAAAAGCGGCCCCAACGAUACUCAGCAGGGGCAGGAUGUUUCUGAUCUUUCAAAUUGAUCAGCUUACUUUUGAACACUCUUAACUCUACUGGCAGACUUUCUAAGUCUGGAGGAAGUGAGCAGAGGAAGCUCCGUUAAGUGCCCUGCAAUUGCUGCGAUGGAAGAUCAUAGCUUUACAUUGUUAAGCGUUUUUAUUAAUCAUUCAAAUAUUUUUCUUCAAA